AUGGAUACAACCCCGAGAAUAUUACCCGCCUCAGAACUGCUUGUCGAGGAUAUCCUUCAUGUUUUCCGCUCCUUCUCUGCUAUCUCUGAGUCCAAGGACCAUCUACAAACGAAGCUGUCGACUGCGUACGAAGGAUUUAUUCGCACCACAAUCCUCAAUUCGCAAAAUUCAGGACGCCCAAUUAAGUUGUUGCUACCGGCGUUCCCAUGGAAAAACCCGAACUUGGACAAGGUGUUGAGUGGCAACGCCGAUUUCGGUGAAGAAUUAGGAUUGGCACGCUUGGAUCAUCUCUGCACAAGCUUGGCUCAAAUAUAUCCAAUGGGAGUGGAAUUGACGCUUGUGUCUGACGGUCCAGUGUACAAUGACCUUCUAGGAAUUCCUGACAGCGACUUUUACGACUAUGGGCUCCAGCUUCGCCAGAUGGCCAAGGAGAAGGGAUGUACUCACAUCAAAUUCACCCGGCUAUUCGAUGUCCUGGGCCUUGGCGAUGGCGACUCCCUAUCAAAGAAAGAGUACUUGGUAGUUGCCGACGUGUGUAGACAGGAAAUGGAGAAGCGCCUCACUCUUACGCGCGAUCAGCUACAGGCGAAAAUCGAAAAUGACCCCGACACUCUGCUAACAUACCAACAAUAUGUGAAGUCAGCAUUUGAAGACCUUCGAUGGGGGCCUGAGGUUGACCCUGUCAUCAAAGCUUCCCCGGCGAAGUAUGAAAGCGAAACACAAGAAGUAGCAAAGCGGAUGAUGCAAAGACUACUGGCUUAUGAACAAGUUCUAUCGUCUCGGUUCCCAGACCAUAUAAGACUUUCAAUCCAUCGAUCAACCGGAGCAUCAAAAAUCUCGAUUCCCUUGAUUCCUCAACCCGAUGAGUUCGGUAUGAUGCCUUGGCACUCUUGCGUUCUGGUCAGAGCAGAUGGGAGGUUUCAGACCGGGCACUCGAGUCAGUUCCGCGACACUGAGCAGUUUGAAAUAAUCAGCCGGGGUUCUUCGCCAUACCUGGUUCGAGAAAAACAUCCCAUGUUUAGCUGGAAUCGUCGUGUCGAGAUAAGCCAUGCUUAUGGAGGUUUUGUCACUGUUACGAAUCUGGAUCGAGAUGAGAAAAAUGGGAAACUGGAUGACGAUUCCAAAGGCAAAUUGGUUGACCUUGCAUUGCGGUUCGGUACCAUACAGCUUCGCGGUUUUGAUAUUUCUUGA